AAAGAAGUAAUGGUGACUUAAAAUUAUUUAUUAUUGUUAUUAUUAAAACGGCAGAAUAUUCAAGAAAAAGGAAAGCAAAAAGUAUCCUAAAAAAAUGUUAACGGCUCUCAAGUCAAUGUUGAACAUUGUGAUGUGACCCACAGGCCUUGGUUUGCCCACCUCUGCUCUUAUUGGAUAAGUGGCUACUGCCCCCCCCCCCCAAAAAAAGCUUUUUUAUUCCUUUUAGAGUCUAUGAUUGUCCUAUUGCAGACUCAAAGCCCAUUUGCUCACGGCUUUGGCCAAUCACAACGACCCCAGUGUGUUUUAACUCGGCUGUCAUCAUUACAUCUCCAUAAAGACCCAAGACACCAGCCCAACCCUGUUGCUCUUCUCCGGCACUCCCGAAAGCGCAUCUUUUGGAUACUUUUUGGAACGCCAUUAUUUUUCUGCAAGGCCGUUGCUGUCUUCUUCAACUUUCACUUGUAACAUUUUGAUGGUGUGGAACUAAAGAAUGAUGGCAGACCCUGACGCGCAACAAGAGACGCGCCAGUCAGCCAAAGACUCCAUCAAGUUCUCCAUCAAGAACCUGCUCAGCAUCGAUGACCAGCAGAACCACAGAAAGUUCACCAGGCCCAGAAGCUUCCUGGAGGGCAGCUUCUUUUCCCGGCUUGCCGAUUUGUCUCUACCCCGGCUGGAGUUGCCCUCACAGCGUCUCGGUCUCUCCUCAGCGUCCCCAUGGUGGUAUCCUUACACGCUCGGUGCGCACCCCAAAACUGGAGCUCCAGAGAAGAACCAACGGUUGGCACCCGACAGACCCUCACCUGACCCCCCCAAAAGCGAGUCGGACACCAAAGAAGAAAGCGCAGAAGAGGACGAAAGUGACCCAGAGGAGCCAAAGAAGGAAUGCGAGCGUGCAGAGGACGACUGGAGAAAGAAACACGACGACUCUGACGGGAAGCCCUGCAGGAAGAAGAAGACCCGCACAGUGUUCUCCAGGAGCCAGGUGUUCCAGCUGGAGUCCACCUUCGACAUCAAGCGCUACCUCAGCAGCUCGGAGCGCGCCGGCUUGGCCGCCUCGCUGCGCCUGACCGAGACCCAGGUGAAAAUUUGGUUCCAGAACCGCAGGAACAAGUGGAAAAGGCAGCUGGCCGCCGAAUUGGAGGCGGCCAAUCUGAACCACGCUGCGGCGCAGAGGAUCGUGCGGGUGCCCAUCUUGUACCAUGAGAACGGAGCUCCGGAGAGCGGCGGGAGUGCGGCCGGCAGCUCCACCGGGGGCCACGCGUCAAUCCUGGCCUUUUCUCAUCACAUGUACUACCCCAACCCGGUUCCUCUAUUGAGACCUGUUUAAUACCUGAGCCCACCUCGAAUCUGCUGUAACUGGGAAAUUAAGUUUCUAUAUACGUAUUGUAAAUUGGACGUCUGAUCUUCUAUUACUUCCCAUGCAUUUACACUUCUUUUUUUUUUUUAGAGACAAUCUCCAUAAGUGUCCUUGAUCAUUCCAAAAUGUUUGGGUUUACUUUACAGUAUUUUAAAUGUGCAAGAUUGUACAUAAUGUAUUUUAAGACUCUUUAU